UCCGGGUGAUGGCGGCCGGGUGCCCCGGAUGUAGCCCCGGGCGAGAGCAGCUUCUCUGUUUUCCUCCCGCCUCCCUUCAAGCCCCAGCUCCCUGACUCCAGCACAGCUUGGGGAAGCCUCCGCCGCCCUGUCAUGCCCAAAAGGAAAGUGAGCUUCCAGGGCGUGGGAGAUGAGGAUGAAGAGAGCGAAGUCAGUGUCCCCAAGAAGCUGGUGGACCAUGUAGCCGGAGCAGGAGGUCCUGGCAGCCGCUUCAAAGGGAAACACUCUUUGGACAGUGACGAGGAAGAUGAGGAGGAGGAGGGCUCCAGCAAGUAUGACAUCCUGGCUUCAGAGGAUGUGGAGGGUCAGGAGGCAGCUACACUCCCCAGCGAGGGAGGCGUGCGGAUCACACCCUUCAACCUGCAGGAAGAGAUGGAGGAAGGCCACUUUGAUGCUGAUGGCAACUACUUCUUAAACAGGGAAGCCGAGAUUCGAGACAGCUGGCUGGACAACAUUGACUGGGUGAAGAUCAGAGAACGACCACCUGAUCAGCGUCAGGCCUCCGACUCGGAUGAGGAGGGCCUGGGCCAGACCCCCAUGAGUGCCCAGGCCCUCCUGGAGGGCCUUCUGGAGCUACUCUUGCCCAGAGAGACCGUGGCUGGGGCACUGAGGCGUCUGGGGGCCCGAGGAGGAAGCCAAGGGGACAGCAAAGGGCCAGGGCGGCCCAGCUCCCCUCAGCGCCUAGACCGGCUCUCGGGGCUGGCUGACCAGAUGGUGGCUCGGGGCAACCUCGGGGUGUACCAGGAGACUCGGGAACGGUUGGCCAUGCGGCUGAAGGGGUUGGGGUCCCGGACCCAGGGAUCCCAUGACCCCGCUCCCCCACCCUCUCUGGACAUGUUUGCUGAGGAGUUGCCCAAGGGAGAGCUGGAGAAGCCCACCCCCGCCCGCGGAGAAGCAGAGUCGUCAGGGGAUGGUCUAGUGGAUGUGAUGUGGGAGUAUAAAUGGGAGAACACCGGGGAUGCUGAGCUCUAUGGGCCCUUUACCAGCGCCCAGAUGCAGACCUGGGUGGACGAAGGCUACUUCGCGGAUGGUGUUUACUGCCGGAAGCUGGACCCCCCCGGCGGUCAGUUCUACAACUCUAAACGCAUUGACUUUGACCUCUACACCUGAACCUGCUGAAGACCCUGUUGAACGGCCCCUUCUUUCCCGGACUCUGUGGAGGAGGCCCCAGCUGCCUCAGGCCAUGAGGACAUUGGGGGGCCACUUCUCAAAUCGACUUCCCUUUCCCAAUAAAAGCCUUUAACUGUG